UAUUAGGAACGGGUCCCGAACAUAUUUAGUUAGACAGCAGAGUUAUUGAAGGAGAGCUGGAAGCAGCUGAUGCUUUUCUCUGGGACAAUCCGCUCCAUGUUUCUGCCUUCUUAACCGCGGCGAGAAUAAAUCUACCUCCAGGCUCCAUCACUGUCGACAACUUUUUGCUGAUCUCCUCCUCCUUUUUUUUCACCCAAAUAACAAUCGAUAAGGAGACUUUGCACUUGAUUACCUUUUUUUUAAAUAGUUGCUGUUUACUGUGUAUUUGCACUAACGAUGCACACCACGCAAAAGGACACGACCUACACGAAGAUCUUUGUUGGGGGUCUUCCCUACCACACCACGGACUCAAGUCUCAGGAAAUAUUUUGAGGUUUUUGGAGAGAUCGAAGAGGCGGUGGUGAUCACCGAUAGACAGACCGGCAAGUCCAGAGGUUAUGGAUUUGUGACAAUGGUAGACCGCUCUGCCGCCGAUCGGGCCUGCAAGGACCCCAACCCGAUCAUCGAUGGCAGGAAGGCCAAUGUGAACCUGGCCUACCUGGGGGCUAAACCUCGUGUGAUGCAGCCAGGUUUUGCCUUUGGUGUUCCCCAAAUCCACCCUGCGUUCAUCCAGAGACCUUAUGGCAUCCCUACACAUUAUGUGUACCCCCAGGCUUUCGUUCAGCCCAGCAUGGUGAUCCCCCACGUGCAGCCUGCAGCUGCAGCACCCGCCGCCGCCACCGCCACCUCUCCUUACAUCGACUACACCGGGGCUGCCUACGCGCAGUACUCUGCAGCAGCCAGCGCAGCAGCUGCAGUGGCAUACGAGCAAUAUCCCUACGCCGCUUCCCCUGCUGCCCCGGGCUACAUGGCUACCACUGGCUACGGCUAUGCUGUCCAGCAGCCAUUGGCCACUGCUGCCCCAGGUUCAGCCGCCGCUGCUGCCGCAGCUUUCGGGCAGUACCAGGCUCAGCAACUGCAGGCCGACCGCAUGCAAUAGCAGCGCCUGCAACGGUUGCACAAGCAAAGAGAGAAAAGGUCCACCUCUGGUCACAGCUGAAGUAUUACAAGGAUAUGAGGAGACAGAUGGUGUAGCCUUGAAAGUGGGCUAAGUCAGCCCCAAGGCUGAGUUUCUUUAAAAAGCUGGUGAUGGUGAUGACAAUAGUGAGAUGGGAUAGGAACUUUCCAACUUGCUGUGCUUUAUCUGAACAGAAAAUCUGAAAAUGAAAAAAUGUUGCAGAACAAACCGUGGAAAUUAUCACUGUUGGUAUUACUAUGAAUACUAUUAAUUUUGCUAUUGUCACUAUAGAAGAGUUUCUAGAGAAGAAUGACAGGAACACAGUGGUUGGUAUACUGUAGGCCUUAAAGUCCUAAUGCUGUCUCUAACGUUAGUUUGAGGAAUAGCCUCUUUUUGCCGCUUGUCAUGUUUCAAAAGUGUUAUUUGGUUAUUUAAUGCCCUCAUAACCUUUGUUUUGUAUUUAUUAUUACUGUUAAUAUCACACAUUGAGGGUCCUGCUUGUAUUUUUUUGUUUUUUUGAGUUAAUGUUUUCUGAUAAUCAGGGAAAUGAAACCGUUUCCAAUGUGUUAGCUAUUAUUUUUUAAAGUUCUGUCUGGAAGUCAAGGUGCCGUAAAUUGUCGUAAAGAACUACCUUAAUGGCCUUCCUGAUGCUGAAUGUCCCAUUUUAUUUUAUUCUGAGCCUCAACCUCUUGACCUAUGCAAAGCAAACAAAUCAACAAAAGAAAGGAAACAAAAAAAAAAACCUGAAGUUGUCAUCAGUUCUGACUAGACUCUUGAACUACAGAGAGGGAGGGGGGCUUGGUAAAGACAACAGAGACACUGACAAAAGAAGGAAGACAAUGAUAAACACUAAAUCUGUUGCUUCUCCACAUUUCACUCACUUUCAUGCAUCCAGAGGCUGCAGAGUGCUGAAAGACAAAGGCAGCACGGCAUUUCUCUCUGUGACGGAGAGGGCAGCUGCCGGCGGAGGGGGGGUGGACGUGAACGAAGCCCCUCCAGAGCUGCACACACAGAUCUCUCUGGAAAGAACGUAGCGUUUGUGCUCGUUUGUUGAGCUGUCACAUUUUAAUCCCCGGCCGAGCCCUUUGGGAACCGACAUUACACCCCUCUGCCUCCGGCCCCCGGCCCCUGGCCCCCGGCCCCCGGCCCCCGGCCCCCGGCCCCCGGCCCCCACCUCUACCCCUGCCGCCCCCCUCUCCAGUCAUGUCAGCAUUUCCACCUCUGUGCUGCUGCAGCCGGGUGUCAGGUACGCACUCACACUUUCUACAAAGCUAACCAGACAACUGGCCUGCCUCAUGUCUGUCAGGACCAGCAGGUGGGGGUUGGAAAAAAAAAAUCGGGGUUUCCUCAUAUAUGUCAUGUUGGUCUGUGUGCCUUACAUUUUUACAGCUAUUUAACUGAGAGAAAAACAGAAAAGGACAAAAAAUGUAUUAUUUAAGUUAUUUAUUUUUGCGGGUUGUUGAAACUCUAAGAGUAGAGACUUAGUGGAGGUACUGUGUUAUUAAUAUUAUUAUGUACUCAUCUCAAGGCAUAUAUAAGUUAUUGAUUAGUUUAUUACUAUUAUUAUUAUUAUUAACAAGCUCAACCAAAAAUAUUGAUGUAGAAGUUAUUUAAAACACUGUUACGUGCACUGUACUUUUUUUUUUUUUUCGACUUUUUAGAACAAAACAUUAAACAGUAGUCUCAUGCAUCUAAAUGCAGACCUGUUUGCAUGCAGGUACUCCUCAGUCUCUUCUUUGUUUCGCUGAGAGGAAAUAUUAACAAGUUUUACAAUAAAAAGAGCAAAAAAUGCUGCUUUUCUCUACUAGAAUGUAUAGCCGUCGUCGGGGUUCCAGUAGCUUCUGUUGCUUCAUAUUCAUCAGAUCGGCUGUUUUACACUGUUGGGAAUUUUUUUAUACUUGAACUUUUUCUUACAAGGGAAAUAUGUAAAAAAAUAAAUGACAAAAAAACUUUUCUUUGUCAGUGGAUGAAGGCUUUUUAAAGCGUUUAUAAUAAAACCUUCAGAAAUUCAACCGCAUGUAAUCAAAGUGAAAUAAAAUGUUCUAUAUUUGAAGAAAA